UGUCUCUAGUAAUAGAAUCAUGCAGUUGAAUUUCAUCUGCGAUCGAAUCAGCCCCUCCCAAAUUUCCGCGGGGAUCGAUCCCCGCAGUUUCAGUUUGGAAAUCGAACCGGAGGAAUCUACUCGUUAUGAGAAUCGCACUGGUAAUUGCGGUCGUCCUUCACUGAGAAAAAAAUAUAAUUCUCAAUCAAAUUUGUUUCGAACAACCAAAUGCCCGAAAUUCCCAUACGAAAUCUGGCUUUAAAUUCUUGUCAGAAGAAUAUUUGAUUGGCAGAAUUAUAUUUUUUUCUCACUGAAUUCUUCCUUUGGCACUCGGUGAUAAUUUGAAAUGCUACUUUUCCGUGGAGUCGGAGGAGAGAACACCGAGAGAAUUCCAGUGCCUUGCUCGUCUGAUUGCGCUAAAGGCGAGGCGCCGUUGCCUGAUGGAAACGUGAUGACGAUGCGUGGAUGCCACGACAUGUUCUCUGAAUUAUUCGCGCACUUUAGUUUAGGAAUAAUGACAGAGGGGCAAAAGGCGGCUCUGGAAGGAUUAACAUCUGACAAAAUACACCUGUGUAAGGAAGACUUUUGCAACGCAACCCCUUCAGUCGCAUCAGCAUGCUUACUGUUGGUCUACGAUCGCCGCUAUCGCGAUUUAUUGAGAUCCAUUUUAGUGCUAGAUCAACUGUAAAAUACUCAUGAAUUAUUUUAAUACAUUGAGCUAAUGAAAUUGACGAGGUAGAUUUGGUCGUUCAUUUGCCGCUUGCACUUUUGGUUAAGAAUACGUAUAUGACUUGGAUUUCUAAGUAUUCGCUCCUAAAAAUAGUCUAACGAGAUCGUGCUCCAUCUGCUUUUGCCACUGAGCUUUCUGCAUUGCGAACCAUUGCCACGUUGUCAGUCGCAAUUUGGCCUAAGCUCGAGAUGUCACUGAUGCGGGAUCUCGGAAUCGGAAGUCAAUUCAAUCGAUCAAUGCAACUAUUUUUAGUGAUUAGUGUUGUGGUUUUUCCCUACGCCCUCGGAGAACAUGUUCAAUGUUACGCCAAUGUGGAGUCGACGAAUAUAACUACGCCGAAAUCGUUCGUUCAUUGCAUAUCUCAGUGUGGAAAAGCUGACGUUCAUCUGUCCGAUGGCAGCUACGUCAUUGUGCGAUCAUGCGGUGAAUUCUUCGCGGAUAUGCCGUCAUUACUAUCACGCCCUGAUUUGAGAACAUUAUCACAGGAUGCGAAGACAGCUUUAUCUCGAAUGUCAUCCAGAGAUUUGCACCUCUGCAAGAAGAACCUCUGCAACGAAGCACAUUUGAGCGUUUCGCCUUCGUGGUUGGUGGCUAUGACAAUCAUUGCUGCUGUCAUUGGAAUGGGCAACUAACUUCGACAGGACUGAAUGCCACAAAAAAUUUGACCAAUUGUAAAUACUGACAGGUUUUUGAAAUAUAUUCAUUUGGAAGAA